UGUGAUUGACCGUCUGAAAUUCAUAGUAAAUUAUUGGAGAAUUUAAUAAGCCGAAGGUGAAUAUCUGGGUCUAGGGGCAUUGUUGUUUUAUUAGUCAAACAGAACAUCGCCUUUAUAUAUGAAGUAAACGAACAGUGGUAAAGUACAUGUAGAUAUUCAUUUCAAGAAAAGAUUGAUGUUUAUAAAGGGUAUACUUGACUAGAGCCACAUGGAGAAAAGCAGGGAAUUAUGGGUGAAAAUGGUGCUGUCAGUCAGUCAUUGACCAAUGAAAAUGGAGGAUUGGAAGGAACUGUCUCCAGUAGUGGAGGAAAUAAUAAACAGAGCGAGGAGGAAGAAACGGAUGGAUCCGCCUCGUCCUCCAGUAAUGAGGCUGUUACUUUCUCGUUACGUACAUUAACGAAACAACAGAAAGGAUUACUACUUAGUAUCUGUUUAACGGAGUUCCUCAUAAUGUGUUGUAAUUCCCUAAUCAGCCCAUUACUACCUCCUCAGGCUAACGGGAGAAAUGUGAGUGGUCAAAUGCAAGGCUGGAUAAUGGCAUCAUUUGCUGGUGGACAGUUUAUUAUAUUUCCUGUUUUUGGUAAAUAUGUCAGCAAAAUUGGUUCUAAGUUUAUGUUUCUAUCAGGAAUAUUCAUAGCUGGAGGCUGCACCAUUCUUAUGGGUUCUCUACAAUUUGUGCCAUAUACAGAAGGUUCUGUAGUGUUUGAAGUUCUGUUCUUCGUUCUACAAAUAGCAAUGUCAGUUGGGGUAACUGCUGAACAAACAGCAGCUUUUGCAGUAGCAUCUAAAGAAUUCAGUGGAUUUUUUACAACUGUUUUUGGUGUAACAGAGGUAUUUGUUGGAUUAGGUCUGACAAUUGGACCAUUAGUAGGAGGGGUACUCUCUGAUGUUGGAGGUUUCUCUCUGCCUUAUUUUGUAUUAGGUGGUCUGGUUUUAUCAAGUUUACCAUUUAAUUGUUAUUUAGCACCAUCUAUAAUAGAUGAGCCUCUGGCAGGUAAAUUACGUCGGAAAUCUGGAUUAAGUUUAUUACGUCAUCCAUCUAUAAUUAUAACAUGUUUAGCUGUAGUCAUAGGAUCAGGUGUAUGGUCUGUGUUAGAUCCAUGUCUAGAACCACAUCUAGAGGAGUUUAAUCUGACUCCAGCUACAAUUGGUGCUGUGUUUUUAUUAUUAUCUGCUUCCUAUGCCCUGAGUUGUGCUUUAUGUGGAUGGAUUGCUGAAAAACUGCCAGAUAAUCGUCUGUUAAUGAUACCAGGGUUUAUAUUGUGUGGUGUAGCACAUUGUCUGCUGGGACCAAGUUCUUUAUUUGGUUUUGAUCCAUCUUUCAAUCAAUUAUGGUUAAUUAUUCUUGCGUUAAUUUUAUUGGGAGCAGCUAUGAGUAUGAGUAUAAUUCCAUCUUAUGACAUCAUUAUGGAAAUUGCUAUAGAGACUGGCUAUCCUGAUAGUCUGAGUACACAUGGUCUGGUAGCUGGCUUGUGGAGUUCUAUGUAUGCUUUAGGAGAGUUUAUUGGACCAAUCUGGGGUGGCUAUAUACAAGAUAAUAUUGGUUUUGCUGAUGGUUUAACCUACACUGCAGGAGCAUGUGUGGUCAUUGUGAUUCUGCUAACAGCGAUGGCACUGUAUGAUUGUUAUUGCUGUGAAGCUGAAGAUGAUGAAAAAGAAAUUCCAGAAAAACAACUUUUAUUGCCACCAGAGGUAGUUAAGCGUAUCAGAUCACUCUCCGAGCCCAUGUACAGAAGGGGACGAAAUUUAACACCAGUUUUGGAAACUGUCUAUUCUGAAGAUUUUAGUAGUUAUUCGUCCUCUAGUUCAGCAUAUUCAAACUCCAUAGAAACAAACGAAAAUGACAGCUAUGUUUCUAUUCAACAAAGUGAUGUUUUUAGCUCGAACAACCGUAGUGAUAUGAAAAACUCUAAACCAGAUGCAACGAAAAUAGGAAUUAAUGGUAAUGGCAAAGUAAAACAAUAUGGCAGCUUUUCCAAAACUCCAUUUAACCCCGGAACAAAUAAAAAUGGCAUUCCACAAACUGACACUAUUCAAAAAUCUCGCUCUAAGUCUGUGACUGCCGGUUAUCCUCCCAUUUCUGUAUUUUAUCCGGUGUGGGAGAAGGAAUCUAAUACCUUCUUGGAGAAGGAUUCUAGAAUGUUAAAUUCAAGGAAUUCACCAUACAGUGUUCAAGAUAAUAUCUCCACAGACAAAAAAUCUAAGCCUACAGCAAGAACUUUAAGCAUACGGCAAAGACUUAAUAAUGGCGGCCAUGACAGUGAUACCUGUCCUAAGUCUUUAAAUAAAUACCCAACUGAAAAUGUAGACGAAUCUGAUUUGAUUUCAUCCAGUUGUCCAAAUACAUUGACAAAAAUUACUGAAGUCCUAGAACCUACAAUAUUAUCGUCUUCCGUGCCAUAUUCGACGUCAGAAAUUAAAAUUGAAAUAAUAACUGAGGUGCUUAGUGACAGUGUUUUUGUAUCAGAGACUAUUGUGAGAAAGGAAGAAAUAUAUUCAGAACCGGAUUUAAUUAAUUUCGAUGAAGGAAAUAGAGUCACAGUAAAUAAAAAUCAUGUGCAUGUCAACAAUUCAAAACCGGAUAGAGCAAAUGACACAAGUGCUGCAGAAAACUUAACUUCCAAAUAUGGUAUUACUGAAUUAACAUGUGAUUCUAAUCAACAAAUAGCUAGUGGUUCUGCUACAGACGUUAUUGUAAAGCAAACAAACGAAAAAAGUAGCCAUUUGGAAUCAGCAGAUUUAAAUUCGCAGCGAGAUAUAUAUCCACAUGUUAUUAUUCAGCAACCUUCAAAUCCCAAAAGUGCUACAAAAGAUAAAAAGAAAGAAAGCGGAGCUGCUGCUCCACCAAAUGAAAAUAACGAUUCUGUUUAUACCUCACUCAAGGUCAAAGUUCAAAGAACAAGAAAAACCAAAUCUGUUUCAUCUGCCAUUCAGUAUGAAAAAUCAGAAGUUGCUGUACAGGUGGUUAAACGGCCUCCAACACCAGUAUCAGUAAAUCCGCGGGACGGAAUCCGAUCACUUUUAUAUAAAACAAUUGUAAAUGCGCCUAGCAACCAAAUUUCACAAGCUGUGGUACCAAAAACUAUUCCAACAUCUAAAUUAUUCAAUCGAACUAACUCUAAUCCAGGAACUAGUAAAAAACAUAAAAAGAGAAUCCACAGUAUGUCGUUAAAUGCUGAUGAUUCUUGUAUACCUGAUCAUUAUGCUAGUCUAGAUUAUUCAGAAAUAUAUCGGAACAAUAUGCUCCCAUAGAUAGAGAUUUUUUACGAAUUUUAUUUUUUCAAUGGAUCUAUGAGAGUGUCGAACAUAAUCUUUGAAUGGCAUUUAGUGAUUGAACAUAAUUUAACACAACCCAGUUCUAUGGAUAACAAUCACUAUAUUAUAUACACACGUUUCAGUUGUAAUUUGUAUGCUUGAUAACGACCAGUGAAUUCUUGUCGAAAGGUUGUGUGUAUAUAAUAUACUGAUAGAACUGUGUUGUGUUAUAGUGUCAAAUAUAUUUUAUUGAAUAAAACUGAUUAAUUCUAUGUGGAAAACUCUAAAGGGAUGCUCAUAUGUCAUUGUGAAACUGGAUACUUUUUAAAAGAAAUACCAAUUUUCUCAAAGUUCUCAUAUUCCAAUUAAAUUCUGUGAUCAUCAUUUGAGUGAUUUGUAAUCCUCUGUAAACUAGGAUAUUGUAAAAGUUGAAUCUCUGAAAGGAAUGUCAGUUCCAAAAUGGUUCAUUUCCAUUUAGGAUUUACAAAGAUAUGAUAAAUUGAAAAUUUGUCAACAUUCAGCAUCCUCUGUAGACAAUAUAAAUAAUUGGGAUAUGAUCAAAACAAGCAAGCCCUUUGGACCUUUUUUUGAAACCACAUUCAUAAUGACUUGGCUCCGAAGUGAAUGUAAUUUUUGUUUUCUGGUUGAAAGUUUUAAUGAUUCUUGAAAGUUUCUAAUAUUUCAAAAAGAGUAAAUGUUCUUUUAGUGUAGAUCUAUAUGAUGUUUAUAUGAUGUGAUGUUUAGAUUUGAUCUCAUGCAAAGAAUUAUUAAUUGUUGUAUCAUAUGCAGGUUGUGUUAAAGAUGCUUGAUGUGAGAGCUAAAUCUAAGAAUGCUUCGGCCAUUUAAUAGUAUAACGAUAAAACAGAUAAUCCAGACUUAGUAUCAAUUGUCAAGUAAUAAACAGUCUACACUCAUUUUGUCAAAACUUAAAACACUUAUAACUUUACACAGAAUAAAGUAGUUUGAAUGAAAUUUUCAAUAUAUUCAUUUUCCAUUAUCUAUUUUUGAACUAUUAUAGCAAGAACAGUCCGGUCUUUAUCCAAAUCUUACAUAAUGCAUGUUGAAGAGAUAUUAAAGUAUUUACAUAUUAUAUAUAAGCCUAUAUAUUAUAUUGUUAUGGUUUUUGGGUGGCCGAAUGGACUAAUACAUACACUUGAGAUCAUUCAUAUACAUGUAAGUUCAAUAAUCUAAUUCCAUGCUUGUACAUGACAAGGAGUUGGGUUGUCUAUCUAUACAUGUUGGCUUUCAUUAUUUUCCUCAUACUGAUAAAGAAUCUGGUGUGCAAGUGAAUUAACAAAAAUUAUAAUACAUGUACAGUAUACGAUAUGUUAGUCCCCAAACGGCCUUAUUUGUGUUGAGUGGACAUGAAAGAAUUUAAAGUAAACCUGAUUUUUGUGUUGUUUUCAAAUGAAUAUAUAAUUAUAUUAAAUAUAUUUUAUGUAUAAUGUAGUGUAAAUGUUAUGUACUUUAUAUAUGCCCACAUUUAAUGUGGGAAAAUUUUGCUGGUCUUUCUAGAAUUGCAUUUCAUUUCAUUGUUAAGUUAAAUGUGAACUCAUUUUUAUCUGAUUUUAAAGAAACUUUGUAUCUAGACAAUGCAUGUGUUAUUGACGCUGUAUGAUGUGACACCACAGGUAGACCUUUACUGCACUUCUUUUUUUCACAGAGUUAAAAGAAGGCUUUGGCAUUACCGCUAAUAUGAAACAGAUUGGUAUUUUAUCAGUUUGUGCUGGAUUCAUUAAGAGUACCGGUAUGUGAAUAUUGCUCACACUUGAGCAAUUGUAUUUUUAUAAGGCAUUCAUGAAUUUAUGACAUUUUAUAAAGCAAUAUUUUUAUGAACCAAAUAUUUUUGAAAGUAUUAAAAGCUUUAACCUUCUUGCUGUGAAAUAUAUUUUGAUUAAAAUUAGAUCUACAUGUAUAUACUGUUUUGGUUUUGUAUUUUUAUUGUUUUCAGUUAACAGAGACCUUAGAACAUCCUUAUCAAUUGUUUAUUCUAUCAAGCUUUAUAUGGAAGUAUAGUAGGGUGAAUUUGGACUCAAUAGUAAAUGUUUAAUACGUCAUGCUAAUCCGCACAGUAUUACAUAAUUCAGUCAAUUAUAUUUUAAUGGAUCUUAAUCCACCUUAAUUACCCACCAUUUAUAUCUACUUCAUAUUGUCUUAUAUAUUUCAUUAAUCACCUGUCUCCAGUAUUCUUUGUUUUAAACUUUAAAUUGAGCUUAUAAAUUAUAAUUAACGUCAACGGGCUAUAGCGUUUAGUUACCAGGGUAUAUUGUUUGUAGAUUUAUAGGAUUAAUGCCCUAGGCGAUGCAUGGGGAUAUAUAGACCCAAAAUGACAGAAUUUGGGAAGAGCUGGCUACACACGUGUCUUGGGAGAUCAACUUAGAUCACAUACCUAAGGACAGACCUUAUUUACCUGUAUUUGGAGACAUAAGUUUAUGUCAAUUCCCAUAUCCACAUUGGAGCUUAUUUACUAUUAAGCAUUGGACCAAUAAUUGUUAUAUUAAUUGUCUGUUGUGAUAUUUGUUGAUUACUGUUUACCAAAGAAUAUAGAGAACUAUUAACAACCA